UCCCCUGAACUUAGGAACCAGAACCACAUUUGUACUCUUGAUCUUCAUAAGAAUCGAUAUAGCCACGUAAGAGACACGAUGGAUUGGCUCCAAACCAUUAUAGUGAUGAUGAUGGUAACACUACCACUGGUACUCGUGUUGGGAAGACGUGGAAAAGCCCCAUAUCCGCCAGGACCAAAAGGGUUACCCAUAAUAGGAAACAUGCUAAUCAUGGACCAACUAACCCACCGGGGCCUCGCCACGCUGGCAAAACAAUACGGCGGCGUUUUCCACCUCCGCAUGGGCUUCCUCCACAUGGUCGCCAUCUCGGAGCCCGAGGCCGCGCGCCAAGUGCUCCAAGUCCAAGACAACGUCUUCUCCAACCGCCCCGCCACCAUCGCCAUCAGCUACCUCACCUACGACCGCGCCGACAUGGCCUUCGCCCACUACGGCCCCUUCUGGCGCCAGAUGCGCAAACUCUGCGUCAUCAAGCUCUUCAGCCGCAAGCGCGCCGAGUCCUGGCGCUCCGUCCGGGAGGAGGUCGACGUCGCCGUCCGCUCCGUCGCCUCCUCCGCCGGAAAACCAGUCAACAUCGGGGAACUGGUUUUCAACCUGACCAAGAACAUUAUCUACCGCGCGGCGUUCGGGUCGAGCUCGCAGGAGGGGCAAGACGAGUUCAUUGGGAUAUUGCAGGAGUUCUCGAAGCUCUUCGGAGCGUUUAACAUCGCAGACUUCAUUCCUUUUCUUGGGCGCGUGGACCCGCAGGGGCUGAACGCGCGUCUCGCUAGGGCACGUGUCGCGCUCGAUAGCUUCAUUGAUAAGAUCAUCGACGAGCAUGUGCAGAAGAGCGAUAAGAGAGACGAUGGAGAGACGGACAUGGUGGAUGAGUUGCUCGCGUUUUACUCCGAAGAGGCCAAGUUGAACAAUGAAUCCGAGGAUUUGCAGAACUCUAUCAGACUCACUAAGGAUAACAUCAAGGCUAUCAUUAUGGACGUAAUGUUCGGAGGCACGGAAACGGUGGCGUCAGCGAUCGAAUGGGCCAUGUCGGAGCUAAUGAGAAGCCCAGAAGAGCUAAAGCGGGUCCAACAAGAGCUGGCGGACGUAGUGGGCCUGGACCGUCGGGUCGAAGAGUCCGAUUUCGAGAAACUGACGUACCUCAAAUGCGCCCUCAAAGAGACCCUCCGCCUCCACCCGCCGAUCCCGCUCCUCCUCCACGAGACGGCGGAGGACGCGACGGUGGCCGGGUAUUUGGUUCCGAAGAAGGCGCGCGUGAUGAUAAACGCGUGGGCCAUUGGGAGGGACAAGAACAGCUGGGAGGAAGCGGAAAGUUUCAAACCGGGGCGGUUCCUGAAACCGGGCGUGGCAGAUUUCAAAGGCAGCAACUUCGAGUUCAUUCCAUUCGGGUCGGGUCGGAGGUCCUGCCCCGGAAUGCAGUUGGGGCUGUACGCGCUGGAGUUGGCGGUGGGUCACCUUCUCCACUGCUUCACGUGGGAAUUGCCAGAUGGGAUGAAACCUAGUGAGAUGGACAUGGCUGACGUGUUCGGCCUCACCGCUCCAAGGGCCACGCGCCUCGUUGCCGUGCCAACCAAGCGCCUCCUAUGCCCUCUCCUUUAAUUCAACUAAAACAACAACAAUUCCAUUUCGACCCCUUUUUUUCUUCUUCUUUUUAUCCCCCAAUUAUACAUAAUCAUAAAUAACAUAAAGGGAAACACAAAAUAAAAAUGUGCCUGCCUGCAUUUACUAUUUAGUUCUCUCUAUUUGGAAAAAAAAAAAAAAAAAAAACUGUUCUUGAUGUGAGCUUUUGUGGAGAAACAUUUAUGUAUGUAUUUUGUUUCUUUUUGCUCCAGUUCCGUUUUGAUUCUUAUCUAUGUUUUGAAAUAAUAGCGAAUCGGCCAUUAAAAGA